GGGAGGGAAUCAAGUGAACUGCAGGCUUGACAAACAGCACCGGGAAGCACGGCGGCUGCCAAUGGGACAGGACAGGACUGGAUGGGAAGGGGUUACCGAGCGGCCUCUGAGUAUGGCCAGGGGUUUCUGAAUUGCUCCAAAAAUCAAGCAUUUUGCCUUUACUUUUUAUAGAAGGCCAGAGUUUCCUGUGGUAAGAGAGAGUGUCAAAGAAGACCUCACAGUCUGGAGAAAAAUGACCUUUCAAGGAAUGCGAAAUAUACCUCCUGCUGCAUGUUUUUGCCUUACUAAACUCUGAUAACUGAAACAUAUGGCUCUGGGCCUACAGAAAGCCAACUGAGUAUUAAACUCCUCAUCAUGCAUCAGCUGUUCAGAUUGGUCUUGGGACAAAAAGAUCUUUCCCGAGCUGGGGACCUCUUCUCCUUAGAUGGCUCUGAGAUUGAAGACAGUCUGACGGAAGCGCUGGAGCAAAUUAAAAUAAUUAGCUCAUCUUCAGAUUACCAAACCAAUAACAAUGACCAGGCAGUGGUUGAAAUCUGCAUCACUCGAAUCACAACAGCCAUCAGAGAGACCGAGUCGAUUGAAAAGCACGCCAAGGCCCUUGUGGGGCUCUGGGACUCCUGCCUGGAGCACAGCCUGAGACCCCCUGGGAAAGACGAAGACACGCCCCAUGCAAAAAUCGCUUCUGAUAUCAUGAGCUGCAUUUUACAGAAUUACAAUCGGCCCCCUGUGAUGGCAUUAGCCAUCCCCAUUGCAGUGAAAUUCCUCCACAGAGGCAACAAGGAACUACGCAGGAAUAUGUCCAACUACCUGUCCUUGGCUGCAGUUACCAAGGCAGAUCUCCUGGCUGAUCACACAGAGGUUAUACUAAAGAGCAUACUCCAAGGUAAUGCUGUACUGUUGAGGGUGUUAUCUGCUGUGUAUGAAAAGCAGCCUCAGCCAAUUAACAGACACCUGUCUGAACUCCUGGCCUUGAUGUCGCAGCUGGAACCACCAGAACAGUACCACCUCCUACGGCUUCUGCAUGUAGCUGCAAAGAGAAAGCAACCCGAGGUGGUUCAGAAAUGUAUACCUUUCUUAAUUGAGCAUUUGAAGGAUUCAACCCAUAAUGAUAUCAUCCUAAACAUUCUCAUAGAGAUAGCAGGCUAUGAACCAGUGGCUUUGAACAGUUUUCUCCCCAUGCUGAAAGAGAUUGGUGAGAGAUUCCCCUACCUCACUGGACAACUGGCAAGAAUCUAUGGAGCUGUUGGCCAUGUGGAUGAAGAGAGAGCCAGGAGCUGCCUGCCAUUCCUGGUGAGUCAGCUGGCCAACAUGGAACAUUCGUUUCAUCACAUUCUGCUGCUGGAGAUUAAGAGCAUCACUGAUGACUUCUCCUCCAUCCUGGGCCAUCAGAGCAAAGACAUCUUCCGCAUGAGCAACAGCUUCACUGCCAUUGCAAAGCUCCUUACCCAGCAACUGGAAAGCACCAAGGCCAGACGUGGCAGGAGAAAAACCAGCACUGAAAUGGAGUUCCCUGAGAGGCUGGAAGAAACCAAGCUUACUGUAACUGAAAAUGAAGACCAUGAAAAGCUCCAAGUUAAAAUACAGGCUUUUGAAGACAAAAUAAAUGCUGAAAGCAAUACUCCUGGUUCUGUCCGAAGAUACAGUUUGGGCCAAAUUUCAAAGGAUGAAAGAAAGGACAUCAGAUUUAACAGGUCCAGGAGUUUGGCUUUGCACGCUGUGCUAGCAAAGAGCAUGAGCUCAGAUGAUGGGGAAGCUGUAGAGAGUGGAGCUGCUCCAACCAGCAUCUCUCUUUCAGCACUAGACCCCCUUGGCCAAGGCAACAACAAGCCACCCUUAAAGGCAGACAUUGAUGGAUCACAGCUGCGAAAUUCUUUAGUUCCACACGCAAGCCUUAUGCAUAUAGAAUCAGCAAAUUUGCCAGAAACAGUUAAAGAAAACUGCCAUGAAGAAACUCCAGAGCCAACCACAAGUCCCGCGGAAUACCAAGAUAAGCUCUACUUGCACUUAAAGGAAAACUUUAGUAAAGUGAAAGCAUACGCGGUGGAAAUUGGAAAGAAGAUUCCAGUCCCUGAUCAGUGUACUAUUGAAAAUUCUGUUAGAAGCUGUGUUGCAAAGCUGUUCUUCACCUGCUCCCUGAAGGGUCAUUACUGCCUGUACAGUAAAUCCAGUUUUAUUCUCAUCAGCCAAGAACCUCAGCUGUGGAUACAGAUCAUGUUUCUAUUUCAGCAGAGCCUGUUUCCUGAGCCCCUGUCCAUACAGAGUCAAUCUGUGCAGCUUCUCAGAGCUCUAUGGGAGAAGACCCAGGAAGAGGGUGCUCAGAGCUUCGAAGCAGCUAUGAUGGAGUCCACCUUUCCACAGCAGAAGGACCUGGACCGGGCACAGCUUCAUCUGGAAGAAGUGAGGUUCUUUGAUGUGUUUGGCUUCAGCGACGCAGCAGGAGCAUGGCAGUGCUUCAUGUGCAACAACCCUGAGAAAGCAACUGUUGUAAAUCAAGAUGGCCAGCCUCUCAUAGAAGGAAAACUUAAAGAGAAGCAAGUCAGAUGGAAGUUCAUCAAAAGGUGGAAAACCCGUUAUUUCACCCUGGCUGGAAAUCAACUCUUGUUUCAAAAAGGAAAGUGUAAAGAUGAUCCUGAUGACUCACCAAUAGAACUCAGCAAAGUACAGAGUGUGAAGGUUGUGGCCAGAAAACGCAGGGACCGCUCUCUCCCUCGGGCUUUCGAAAUCUUCACAGACAAUAAAACCUAUGUUUUCAAGGCCAAGGAUGAGAAAAAUGCAGAAGAGUGGCUCCAGUGCAUCAACGUGGCAGUUGCCCAAGCAAAAGAGAGAGAAAAUAGAGAAGUAACCACAUAUCUAUAGGGAUUUGCAAGCUGACCUCACCCCGAUUGCAUACAAUGGGCAUUGCGUUACCAUUGCCAGAGUCAUCAAAAAGAGAUAAGUUCACCAAGUCAUGUUUUUUACUAAAUACCAGUGGAACCGUUUUCUGUAAGAAGCAGGACCUAAAAGUGACAAGAUUCUUAAUACAUUUCAUAUCCUAAUUGCAUUUUCAUUAAUUCCAGAACAUCUGUGUGAUACACACAGGAAAAGAGAGACAGAUGACAUGGGGCCAGACAGGAGAGAGCUGGGCAUCUAGGAGCUUCUAGAGAUAUGUCAUUGUGCACUGAAAGAAAACAACUUAAAAUGAUACCUGAGCUAACUAUCCUGAGGAAACAUUAGGCACUUUUGAUGAAAACCACAGCCUGUCUAAAGUAAUAAAAGAAAAAAAAUCUAUUAGGAAAAGCCAAAUUAAUGGACACUCAGGAAAACCAUAUAACUUACUUAUAGAUGUAUCAUUCCAUUUAUCCUCUCCUAAUAAAAAUGAAGCUAACACAUGGUAAAAUGAUUCUCAAGUUUAACCUGUUAUGUCAUUAAAUGUCUGUUUUUCGGAACUACUUAUCUGAUUAUUCCUUUUAGGUUUAUGUAAUAUGACAGAAAGUUUAGAUACUUGGAUAUAUCUCCUACUUAAGGCAGUAAGUGUGAGCUAGGAUAAGCAUAGGAAACCAUUUUCUCCAUCUUCAAAACAUGUGCCAUUUCCAUUAAACUUUGAUAUUUUAAAGUUCUAUACUUUUCUUCUUUGUAUCAACAUUUUAAUACUUUCAAGUGACAAAUGUGUAUUGGUGUUUGCCAUUACCCAUAAUUUUUUUUAAAAAUUUAGGUGUGAUAGGCAGCAUUCUAGGAUGACUCCUACUGACCUACGUCCUGGUAUAGCCUCCUCCCACUGAGUGUGACGGGUCCUGUAACUUACUUGUAACUAAUAGAAUAUGGCAAAAGGGAUAGGAUUGUCUCUUCCAUGAUUAUGUUACAUUAAAUGGCAAAGAUGAAGAGAUUUCACAGAUAUAACUAAGGUCCUUAAUCACCUGACUUUGAGUGAAUCAAAAAGAUAUGACCCUGGAUGGGCCUGACCUAAUCAGACCAGCAGUUUAAAAGAGGGUGAACAAGUCAAAGACUUUCUCUCCCACUGACCUUGAAUAAGAAAGCUGCUGAGUUCUACAGCUUCAAGGAAAUGAAUUUUGCCAACCACCAGCUUGGAAGAAGAUCCCAAGCCUCAGUUAAGAGCCCAGCCCGAGCCAACACCUUGACUGCAGCUUUGCAAAACACUGAGCAAAGGACGGAGCUAAAUUAUGCAUGUUCUCCUGUCCCAUGGAAUCUUUGAAAUAAUAAACUAUGCUGUUUUAAGUUG